UGAGCGUGCGGUGGCGGCAGCGCGAGGGAACGGAGAGAGGUAACGGUCACUCGGAGAGAGUCAUGGACUAGUGCAGAAGACUGGCGUCUCUCCCUGAAGGAGUUCCUGUUAGAUGUUGUGUCUUUUUUGUCCACUCUUGUCUUCGGUUUUAAUUUAAAUCCACUGAGGUUGUAGACCCGGAGGUAUGGAAAAGGCAAUGGGCCGAGCCCCCGGUUGCGUCUGAUCAGCAGCAUCAGCACCAUUGCUGACAGAGUGAGAGCGACCUCCGGGAACGUGGGGAGGGCAGGGAGAGGGAAACAGGACCGCUGGCGAGAUGGAAGGCUGUAACCUUGCCAAGUAAUAAGAUGUGCUGCAAGCUUUAACAACAUGCAUGGACUAAAUAUGUAGACAUUGCAGUAAUGACUUGAAGUGGAUUUGGCACCUACCCACAUAUCGGACAGUCACACUUGAGCAAUCUUCUUUUGGUUGCACAGAGGUGAUACUAUAGCUAGCAAUCUGGCAGCUUGAUAUUGAUAGAAAGCACAGACCAGAACAAUCAUGUCUGCUCACGGCCUGGAGUCUCAUAAUUUUUUUCUUGGUUCGGAGGAUACGGAACUGUUGCAUCAAAUGAAACCUCAAGAAUUUGAAGACUUUGAUCAAGAUGAAGAAUAUGAUUCCCCACCAGAAAGGCAGAUUGUGGUCGGAAUUUGUGCCAUGGCCAAGAAAUCAAAGUCAAAGCCAAUGAGUGAGAUUCUGGGACGACUUUGUAGGUUUAAAUACAUCACUACUGUUAUAUUUGAAGAGGACACAAUUCUAAAUGAGCCAGUGGAACAGUGGCCACUUUGUGACUGUCUCAUUUCUUUCCAUUCAAAAGGAUUUCUAUUGGACAAAGCGGUAGCUUAUGCAAAGCUCAGGAACCCAUUUGUUAUUAAUGAUUUGAACAUGCAGUAUAAUAUUCAAGACCGGAGGAAAGUUUACCAGAUUUUGAAAGAAGAAGGGAUUGAGUUGCCACGCUACGCAAUACUGAAUCGUGAUCCAAAUAAACCAGAUGAAUGUAAUUUGGUAGAGGGUGAAGAUCAUGUGGAGGUAAAUGGGGAUGUCUUUCAAAAACCAUUUGUGGAAAAACCAGUGAGUGCUGAGGACCACAAUGUUUACAUUUACUAUCCAACAUCUGCUGGUGGAGGAAGUCAAAGACUGUUUCGAAAGAUUGGCAGCAGAAGCAGUGUUUAUUCUCCGGAAAGCAGUGUCCGGAAAACAGGCUCUUAUAUAUAUGAGCAGUUUAUGCCAACAGAUGGAACAGAUGUGAAGGUUUACACAGUUGGUCCAGAUUAUGCUCAUGCUGAGGCCCGCAAAUCUCCUGCUCUUGAUGGUAAGGUUGAACGAGACAGUGAAGGAAAAGAAGUUCGCUAUCCUGUCAUUCUAAAUGCAAGAGAGAAGUUAAUCGCUUGGAAAGUUUGCCUUGCUUUUAAGCAAACCGUUUGUGGCUUUGACCUGUUACGAGCUAAUGGCCAAUCCUAUGUCUGUGAUGUUAAUGGAUUUAGCUUUGUUAAGAAUUCCAUGAAGUAUUAUGAUGAUUGUGCAAAGAUUUUGGGAAACAUCAUAAUGCGGGAGUUAGCUCCACAGUUUCAGAUUCCGUGGUCUGUUCCAGCUGAGGUGGAGAAUAUUCCUAUCGUACCCACUACAUCUGGCACAAUGAUGGAGCUUCGUUGUGUAAUAGCGGUCAUUAGGCAUGGGGAUCGAACUCCAAAGCAAAAAAUGAAAAUGGAAGUCAGGCAUCAGAGGUUUUUUGAAUUGUUUGAAAAAUACAGUGGAUAUAAAGCAGGAAAAAUAAAGUUAAAGAAGCCAAAACAACUACAGGAAGUAUUGGAUAUUGCAAGGCAUCUUUUGGCAGAACUGGGCCAGAAUAAUGAUUCAGAAAUAGAAGAAAGUAAAUCAAAACUUGAACAACUGAAAACAGUGCUUGAGAUGUAUGGGCAUUUUUCUGGAAUAAAUCGUAAAGUUCAGUUGACGUACCUACCUCUUGGAUGUACAAAGACCUCAAGUGAAGAAGAUGACAAUAAGAGAGAAGAGCCUUCACUACUGCUGGUAUUAAAGUGGGGUGGAGAACUGACUCCGGCAGGCAGGGUCCAAGCUGAAGAACUGGGUCGUGCUUUCAGGUGCAUGUAUCCAGGAGGACAAGGAGAUUAUGCAGGGUUUCCCGGUUGUGGUUUGCUCCGAUUACACAGUACAUAUCGGCAUGAUCUAAAGAUCUAUGCAUCAGAUGAAGGAAGAGUUCAGAUGACGGCAGCAGCCUUUGCCAAGCUUGCUCCUACUAAAAGCAGUUCUAUAAUUAGGUCAAUGCAGCUAAUCAAAAACCCUGUAAAGACUUGUGAUAAGGUUUAUGCCCUAAUUCAAAGCCUGACAUCCCAAAUUAGACAGAGGAUGGAAGACCCCAAAUCAGCUGAUAUUCAACUUUACCAUAGUGAAUCGCUUGAGUUGAUGUUGCGAAGAUGGGCUAAAUUAGAAAAGGACGUCAAAUUGAAAAAUGGGCGUUAUGAUAUCAGCAAAAUUCCUGAUAUCUAUGACUGCAUAAAGUAUGAUGUUCAACACAACAGUUCCCUACAACUGGAGAACACAAUGGAACUGUAUCAGUUAUCAAAGUCAUUGGCUGACAUUGUGAUACCUCAGGAAUAUGGCAUUACCAAGGCUGAGAAGAUGGAUAUUGCCAAAGCAUAUUGUACUCCUUUGAUAAGGAAAAUUCGUUCUGACUUGCAAAGAACUCAGGAUGAUGACACUGUUAACAAACUCCAUCCACUAUACUCAAGAGGAGUCUUAUCACCAGAGAGGCAUGUCCGUACUAGGUUAUACUUUACAAGUGAGAGCCAUGUACACUCACUCCUUUCUAUAUUGCGCUAUGGGGCGCUAUGUAAUGAUCCUUCUUCAGAGGAACGCUUUCAUGUUGAAUUACACUUCAGUCCUGGUGCUAAAGGAUGUGAGGAAGAUAAAAAUCUUCCAUCAGGUUUUGGAUACAGACCAGCCUCUCAUGAGAGUGACAAUGGAAGCAAAACCUUCCUGGCAAAUGAAAAUGAGGAGGAUUCAGUUUCAAGAAGGGAAGAUGCUGAAAAAAGUACAUUGUUGUUCAGGCCAAUGGUCUCUGAUCCCAUAUACAUACACCGAAAAUCCCCACAGCCACGAUCCAGAAAAAUAGGCUCAGUGGAAGAAGAGAGCCCCCUGAGUCUGUCUAGCCCAGAGUGUAGUGGUACCUGGAUGCAUUACACUAGUGGUGUGGGUGCUGGGCGUCGAAGACGCAGAUCAGGGGAACAAAUCACUUCUUCCCCUGUCUCCCCCAAAUCAUUGGCUUUCACAUCAAGUAUUUUUGGCUCAUGGCAACAGAUUCUCACUGACAACACUCCUGGUUUACGAGUUGGAAGACCCCAUACAGAGCAGAAAUACACUGGACUUGGGUCUCAUUGUGCAGGCCUGUUUAGCACUACUGUGCUUGGGGGUUCCUCGAGUGCACCUAACCUACAGGAUUAUGCUCGUGCGCAUCGUAAAAAGCUGACAUCAUCUGGCUACUUCGAUGACGCCACACGCAGUUCUGCUGUAAAAAGAUUUUCUAUCUCAUUUGCUCGACACCCAACCAAUGGAUUUGAGCUUUAUUCGAUGGUGCCUUCCAUCUGUCCCCUUGAAACCCUUCAUAAUUCUCUUUCUCUGAAACAAGUGGAUGAAUUUCUUGCAUCAAUUCCUGAAAGCAAUGCCCCUUCUGAGACUUUUACUGUAUCCUCAGCUUCUGGUAGUCUUUUUUCUCUGGGUAGAAGAAUUUUAAAUACAUAUACACCCAGAAGGAUACUUCCAACACCUCAGUCAUCAGAUCACGACAGUAACAGAUCUGUUUUCUCCAGUAGUGAAUCUUCCAGUAAUGUGUCUAUCGCAGGGCCAUCGUCACCAACCGAAAACACGCACUUAAUCGGCUUAAGUGACAACUCCGUAAAAGCAAAAGAUGAUCAAAGCUAUUGAAUGGAAAAUUGCCUCAAUGUAAGCUGGUUCACAACUUGUACUACAUGGAAGUAAAUGAACAUAUAAUAUGAGCCUUUAAAAAAGUGUAAUCUUAGUGUCCAAAUACUUAAGUAAAUCAGAAAACAAAUACUGCCCCUUAAUCAUUUGUUUGUGCCAAGACAAGUCAUAUGAAAAGUUAAUGUUAAGAAUUGAUGGAAGAUUUAUCACACAUUUGUCAUUUUUUGAACUAGUGAAGUUUAGCGCACGUGACUGAGGUUAAUGCACUACUACAUUUGUUUUAUUUUAUUCACCAAUGUAGCAUUUUCAAAAGAGCUAAAAAUGCAAUGGAAAUUUUCUUGUCUAGUGAAAUUCCACUUAUAAAAGCUAAACUUAGAUAUGUAGUCUCAAUUUGGAUUUUCUUUAUGUGCUCAGCUUUAUUACAAUGUGACUGUUUAACCAAAAUGUGACAUUACAUAUUUCAUAAAGUUGCAUAUUUUUACUAAAAUCCCAUCGUGAUAAAAAGUAUGUUACAAACUCUUUGCUCCCUUAAUGGGUAGUUUUUUUCCCUACAAUAUCUCAACUCCAUCGUAAAAUGUAAGAAAAUUCAUGCAAAAUGCCAUGAAAACUCAAUUCUUGUUCUUUGUUCCAUCUAUUUAUAUAUAAGUUUGUUUUUCCAUUCACAAUGUUUUCACAUUUCACUUCUGAAAAAUUUCGUGCCCGAGAUAAAAUUGAAAAAAGUGAAUGAACUAUUGCAAUCCAUACAAGAACGUUACUGGUUUGCAUAAUUCUAAGGGUACAUUAAAUAUAGUUCAUAGAUUCCUUUUAUACCCUUUUUAAAUAAUAUUGUUUGCUUCACUCUUUGAUUAUGCUAGUCACAAACAAGGUUUUAUAUGCAUGUGUACAUUCAGACUCCAAUUCACAAUGUUACUGUGUUUUCAACCUGAAAUCAACUAAUAAGAUUUUUGUCUCUGAACAUAUAUACGUGCAAUUUUGAUAAAUUUACUUCUGCUCUUUUCGAAGAGAGAGAGUUUAACAACAGCAGUUUUGAGCUAUGGUACUUGAUGGACACUUUUGUAAAGGACAAUUAAACUGACACAAAAGUAUUUUUACUCUGAAGAAUGUGAAUACAGCCUUAUUUUCUGUCCCUUAGUUGAACAUUGCUUAACAUGCAAAUAUAAUGCUUUACAGUUUUAAUAAGAGUUUUAGAAUUUGUCAUGUCACAGAUUUAGCUGCAAACUGUCUUGAAGAUUUACAUUAUUUACAAAAUGUAAAUCUAGUCUAUAUGUUUUUAUAUGAAAUGGAUUACAGAUAUGUUUCGUAAAAGGGUUUAUGCAUGUGUAUAUAUUGCUCAAUACUUUAAUCUUCAUGUACUGUGUGUUGAAGAACUCAAAACUUUCCCCAAAGAUUGAUUUUGUGUUCUGUUGUGUUCACAUGAAAUUGCACUGUGCAGGAAGUCAUGCUUUGUUGGAACUGGAGAGGAGUAGAACUUCUCCCAGGACUCCUGCGGUUGUGAAGAGUGCUAUUUAAAUACAACUCUUAUUUUCAAAGAUGAGGGUAAGAUAUUACCGUUUGGAAGAAAAAAAUAAUGGAGGUAUCAAAUUAGCUAGGAGAAUAAUAUCAGAGACACUUAGGAAUGACGGACUCAUCUGGAACCAUACCCAAUCUGGAGCAGCAAAUCUAAUGAGGUGCUGUACCCUUGUCAAAUUUGAAGUGAAAACUCAAAGAAAGUCUUAUGGAAUAUCUGUGGCUUUAUAUGCUUAUAUGCAUUCUGUGGAGCAUUGAGCAAUGUAAUGUUCAUUUAUAUCCAUUUAAAACGUGCGAAUAUUUGAGCUCUUACCCAAGUAUGUUUUUCUCCAACUUUAAAGUUCUAACUACAGUUUCAAACGGUAAUAAUUUGAAAUGUUUUGAGCCACGUAUCUUUUGUUCUUGUAAAUUGGUCAUUGCGUCAUACAUGUACCAAGUUGCCAAAUAAAGUAGCCUAUACUGAACUCA